GGAUCUUCGUCCCAAGCCACUAUCACCACCUACCAUGGUACGUACCUGCACUUCCACCCGCAUUUUACAGCGUUCCGCUUCGUGCCACCACAGUAUUUAGGGAACGCAAUUCCCCCAUUAAUUCAAAACCCAACUCUCAUUUCCAACACGACUUCUCCUCACGAUUCCCCAAUGGCGUCUACUAAUCGCGUCACCGCUGUCAAGCUCCGGCACCGGCAACCUCGGCAACCGGCCAUGGCUGGGUCCCCCAUCGCCAGCUUCUCCGCGUGGGAGAAAAUCCGCGAGCUUCCCCGUCCAUCGAUUCUUUUAUUUCGACAUCCAUUGCAAGUUGAGAGAAGCCGUCUGAUACUUCCAAAUAUUCAAUCCUCCUUUCAUUCGACGAGACAAUUAGUACCCGUGGAAUACCCCAAUCGACAACAUGAGCUCCCCAGGCGCCGGCUUUGAGUUCCCCUCCUUCGAUGUCUCGUGGUUGAAGCGGGAUGCGUUGCUGUUUGCGAACAGCAUCGGCGCUACGGUCGAUGAGCUUCACUUCCUCUACGAACUCCACCCAGAGUUCGCCGUCUUUCCCACCUAUCCCAUCAUCCUCCCCUUCAAGCACACCAACCAAGAAGUCAUCGACUUCUAUGCCCGUGCGUCCGCCACGCCGAUCCCCGGCGUCCCGAAGCUCGACAGCAAGCGCACCGUGGAUGGUGAGCGGAAGAUGACCUUCCUCAAGCCGAUCCCGACCACCAGCGAGGGCCGCCAGUUCGAGGUGCGCUCCAAAGUCAUCGGCGUCUACGACAAGGGGAAGCCCGGCACCGUCGUCGAGACCGAGAGCAGCUUGGUGGAUAAGCUGAGUGGGGAGGUGUAUACGACGGUGAUUGGGAGCGGGUUCUACGUUGGGCAGGGCGGAUGGGGCGGACCGAAGGGCCCCAAAAACCCCACCUUCAACCCCCCCGCCGACAAGAAGCCCGACGCUACCUACACCGUCCAAACCACCCCGGAAACCGCGCAUCUCUACCGCCUCAACGGCGACUAUAACCCCCUGCACGCGGACCCGGUCCCCGGCGUGCAGAUGGGCUUCGGCGGCACGAUCAUGCACGGGCUGUUCUCGUGGAACGCGGCGGCGCACGGGGUGUUGAAGCUGUUCGGCGGGUCGGACCCCGCGAACAUGCGGGAGUUCCAGGCGCGGUUCGCGAGCCCCGUGAAGCCCGGUGAUAAGUUGGUGACGGAGAUUUGGCGGACGGGGAGUGUGGAUGGGAAGGGGUUUGAAGAGUUGAGGUUCGUGACGAAGGUGGUGGGAGGGAAGGUGGCGUUGAGUAAUGGGAGGGCGUUGGUGAGGGUGGUGGGGGGGAAGGCUAAGUUGUAG